AUGCCGGCCACCUCAUCGCGGUGCCAGGGUCCAGCACCACGUAUUGUCGGGGGAAGCCAAGCGCCAGCAGAGUUCGCCACUUGGAGAACUUUGCGGCGAAAUGCUUCCGGCAUCGCACAGUACCAGGACCCGCCGCGUCUUGCUGGGACACAGUAUUAUCCAUGUCGGUCUUGGGGCGCGUGUUACCGCGCCAUCAGCAGUAUCAUCCGCACCGAGUUACUGCUUAGUGGAAAUGUGGAAGAGAAUCCCGGCCCUACAUUGAGGGGCAUGCAAUGGAACUCAGCUGGGCUAAUACAAGCGAAACGCCUAGCCUUGGGUAAACAGCUCUACGGUGAUGGUAUC